AUGUUGGUGAAUGUCCUUACUCGGAAGCUAGUUAAACCUAGCAAGCCGACUCCACCACAGCUCCGGACCUACAAGAUCUCGGUGAUGGACGAAGUCAAUCCAUCAAUGUUUGUGGUUCGAAUCCUCUACUAUUGUAGAUCGGCUUCAAAUCCCUCUUUGGAAGACUCGUUAGCGCAAACAUUGUCGCUUUACUACCCACUUGCUGGUAGAUACGAUAAGAAUAGUCGUACGGUUAAUUGCAACGACGAGGGCGCUCUUUUCUCGAUAGCCAAAGUUGAGUACCAACUCGAUCAAGUCAUAAAUGGGAGGCUCAAUGUGGAUCACCUCAACCUUCUCCUCCCUUUGGAAAUAGGUGCCGCUGACGAGCCCACGGACCCAAUGCUCGCACUCCAAAUCAACAGAUUUGCGUGUGGUGGCACGGCCGUGGCCGUCUGCGCCUCGCACAGAAUCUUCGACGCGGGGUCAAUGAGCAUAUUCCUGACCGCGUGGUCCAGCAUGGCCACCCGCGGCACGACUAUCGCCCCCGUCUUCGACUCUGCCUCCUUCUUCCCCUCAGAGAACCUACCCCCCUUGCAGACCCACGAUUCCAGGACCCGGAACAAGAACAUAGCCUUCCGAAGAUUCGUUUUCCCCAAAACCGCCAUAUCCGAACUGCGUCGCCGCACGGUCGGCGCAGGAGGGCAGAGGCUGCCGUCCAAGGUGGCGGUGGUCUCCGCCGCCCUGAUCCAGGCGCUCCUACGUGCCGACAGGGCCCGGCGCGGGGAGUCCAGGCCCUGCGUGGUGGCCCAGGCGAUCAACGUCCGGGGGCGGACGGUCCCGGCCGUGUCGGCCCAGUCGUGCGGCAACUGGGCCACAUUCUCCACCCUGGAGCUGGACGCCAGCCAGGCCAGGGAAAUGGAGGGGAAUUUCCCGGGGCUGGUGUCUGGGAUGCGGGGGGCGGCCGCGGCCGGGGUGGCCGACUGCAGGCGCCUGCUGUCCGACAGGGAGUUCGGGCGGUGGGCGCUGGUGGGGAGCUACGUGGAGGCAGACGAGAGGGGCGGGGCCGGGGAGUGUAAGGUGGUGUGGGUGAGUGAUUGGUCGAAAUUUGGGGAUUAUGAGGUGGAUUUGGGGAUGGGGAGGGCGGAGUGGGUGAGCAUGGCGGGAGGGAGGUUGGAGGAUAUAUUGGUGCUGAUGGGGACAAAGGAUAAGGAAGGGAUCGAGGCUUGGGUGUCUCUGCACGAAUCAGAUAUGAGAAUUGUGGAAGCGGAUGCCGAGAUUCUGAAGCUUACUGCCUCGCCGGAGUCUCAGUUUGGCAACAAGGGAUUAUCCAAAAUGUGA